GUACGGUGCUCUGCUCCUCCCAGAUCUCUUGUCAGACUUGCACUCUCCAAUAUCCUCGUCGCUCGCCAUGUCCCUCCCCAAGAGGAUCAUCAAGGAAACUGAGCGCCUCGUCGCCGAUCCCGCCCCCGGCAUCACCGCUUUUCCGCACGACGACAACCUCCGCUAUUUCGACGUCACCAUCCAGGGCCCCGACGGAAGCCCCUUCCAGCAUGGCGUGUUCAAGCUCGAGCUCUUCCUCCCAGAAGAAUACCCGAUGGCUCCGCCCAAAGUGCGCUUCCUGACCAAGAUCUACCACCCAAACAUCGAUAAGCUGGGUCGGAUCUGUUUGGACAUCCUUAAAGACAAAUGGUCCCCCGCGCUCCAGAUCCGCACCGUGCUCCUCUCUAUCCAGGCCCUCCUGAGCGCGCCGAACCCCGACGACCCGCUCGCGACCGACGUCGCGAAGCACUACAAGGAGGACGAGCGCGACGCGCAGCGCAUCUCGCGCGAGUGGACCGAGCGGUACGCCGUCGAAUGAGCUUGCUGCGGCGGGUCGUUCUGCGGGCUGAAUGGGCGAGGCGCGGAGACGGGGCGCGGGGCGCGGGCGAUGCCAUAGAUCUCGUACACGCAGGCUGCACGCGGGCGUCGUGCGCGCACCGGGCCUCAGACGCUGGAUAGAAGAAGAAAUUACAAGGAACUCAGAGCUAUGUCGUGUUUUGAUUUGUGUGGGGUCUCGUCUUUUGUCUGUCUGUCUGUUUCAUUUGAUUUCGUUCUUUUAUUCGUUUGUUGAUUGACUGU